AUGGAUGAAUACGUGAAACACUAUCCUGUCACUUCUGAUUACAGUCAGUUAAUAAUUUGUAUUUCAGAUGGUGUCGACUGGAGAAGUAAAACAACGUUAAAAGAGGUUAAACAGAGAAUAAAACAGUCUCAUAAAAGAACUGUCGUGGACCUAGUGUCAUUUGUGACAGAUACUCGACAACUUGCAAAUAAUGACGAACGUCAGCGACAUCAAGAAGUUUGCCGUCUAUGCCAACAAACUGAUGGCAAUUUGUAUUGUAAUAAAUCUAUUAAGCCUGCAGAUUUGGCUAUAACAUUUGAACGAGAGACAGCAUGGUGGCUUAAAGCACGUAAAAAACGAAGCAUUUUGGAAAUAAAUGCAGGAGCUAAUCGUGUUGAUUAUCCAACACAGGAGCCUCCUGAUCAAUUGUGUGCUAUCGCAAGUUUGUGGGCUAGACCAAAACAAGCUAAAACAAUUGCUACUGAACAUCGUAUGGAUAAACUUGGUGAACGAUAUUAUGAUGGUGCUAUAACUGCUAUAGAAUACUCAGAUGGUUCAUCUCUUACAGUUGCUAAGCGAAAAAAAUGA